AAGUGCGGCUGACAGCUGCAGGAGUUUGAGCUCCGUCCCGUCACUGAACUUUCUCUCUGGCUACACGCAUCUGUCUCGAGUUCUGUCAUAUAUUGUGUUGUUUAUCUUCACACAAACCAGGACAGCAUUUCUUCUGCACUUUGAGUUGUUUCAAAUGGCUCAGUAGCAUCACCAGUCACCAGUAAUGCCAGACCAUGAUACAGAGUGCUCUUUAAACCGACAAAACAAAAGAAGACGAGUGGACAUUGGAGUGAAAAGAACUGUGAGCUCAGCUGCCACAAUAACCCAAACUACUUCUGCAAUCAUUACUGUCACCCGUGCAGCCGCUGCCAUGAACUCCUAUCGCAGCCGGGAGCAGGACAAUGUAGAGAGCCAAGCGACUCAGCUCGGGCACAUGGACUUCGGGGGGACUAAAUCAAAUGUUCUUCGCAAAUUGUUGAACAGGGCCAGCACAUACGAGGAUGCAAUGGUUCCUUUUGCUAAUGCUAGUAUCAUUAGCAAAAUACUCAAGAGGAAUAUGUCAAAGAUGGGAGUAAAUGGUGAAGAACAAGGGAGAACUGGAUCUGAAGAACCCCAGGAGGACACAUUCAGCAAUUCAUCCCAGGAAAGCCCUCAAGAGUGUCUCUCACCAUUUGGAAAAACCACACAGUUUGAGUGUGAGCGGCUGAAUGAUGAGCAUCUUCUGGCCAAGCGUGCUCGUGUGGAGAACAUCAUUCGUGGAAUGAGCCAUUCGCCGAAUGCGAUAGCACCAUCUGUUACUGGGGGAAAAGAUCUUGAGCAGGACCGAAAUAAAGAAACCGAGGGUUUCCUACAGUCCUUCAGUCCUCGAGACAGCUUUCGUGAAAACAAGAGGAAGCAAAAAUUACCUCAGCACCAGCACCAAAGCUUCCAACAAAUGGUUUCUGCACAUAAGGAGCAGAAAGUUGAAGAACGCAGGCAGUUGAAACUCCAGUUGGAGGACAUGCAGAAACAGCUCAGACAACUUCAGGAGAAGUUUCUCCAGAUGUACGAUAGCACAGAUUCUGAGCCAGAAGGAGGAAAUAUCUCAGAAGGCAGCAUUCAAUCUAAUGAGGGGCUUGUUGACAGUGAUUCUGUUGCGGAUCGCUCUGACGAAGAGAUAGCAGACUUCGUUUUGCCAGUUGACGAGAAGGCCAAAAUGAAGGGUUCUCUUAGGGGCAAAGAUUUAAUCUCCAUCCAUGAAGAAGACAAACAUUUGGCCGAAACUCUGAAGCAGGAGUUGAACUCUGCCAUGUCUCAAGUAGUAGAAACAGUGAUGAAGGUUUUUUCCAAACCUCUUCGGCCACUGCUACAAGUAUUCCCAUCCUUCCCACCAACCCAGGAAUGCUUUGCUGGUAACGGGGACGACCCAAACCUCUACACCACACAUAGGAGUCUUCAGUGCAUUGGUGAUGCCAUCAUUCCCAGCCCGCUUGAAUCAUUUGGUGGAGUCCCUCUUCCCAUCGGCAACAACCAGACCGAGGCACUGUCCCUGGUCAUGCGAAAGUCUCCAUCUGAACACCACCAAUCCUCAGCACUUGGAGCUUAUGGUGGUCACCCACAUCCCUCCCUCCACCCGUCCCCUCUUUCUGCCAACAUGGGGUUUAGCACACCAUCCUUCCGGCAUCCAUUUCCCUUCCCACUCAUGGGUUACUCAUUCCAGAGUGCACUUGUUAACCCAUCAGUGGGUUACUCUAGUAAAGACCAAGGUUCUCCUGACUCAAUGGAACUAUCACAAGAAAGCAUACAAACCAAAAUGGCUUCCGGCCACCGUCUAGGGCAUCGUCGUUCCUGCUCACCAGUUCACCCAGGAAGCACCGCUGAAGGUCUGUCACUCUCAUUGAUCAAAUCUGAAUGCGGGGACCACCAGGAUAUGUCAGACCUCUCGCUGUACUCAGGGAGUACAAUCCAGGAGGGUUUAUCUCCAAACCACCUGAAGAAGGCCAAGCUGAUGUUCUUCUACACCAGGUAUCCGAGCUCUAACAUGUUGAAGAUGUACUUCUCUGAUGUGAAGUUUAACAGAUGCAUCACAUCUCAGCUGAUCAAGUGGUUCAGUAACUUCAGAGAGUACUACUACAUCCAGAUGGAGAAGUUUGCACGUCAGGCCGUGAAUGAUGGAGUACUGAUUGCUGAUGAUCUCAGUGUGACCUGUGACUCUGAGCUUUACAGAGUUCUCAACAUGCACUACAACAAGGCCAAUGACUUUCAGGUUCCCAGGCGUUUCUUGGAGGUUGCUCAAAUAACAUUACGGGAGUUCUUCAAUGCGAUUUUAGCUGGUAAAGACAUUGAUCCGUCAUGGAAGAAGGCGAUUUAUAAAGUCAUCUGCAAACUGGAUUCUGAGAUUCCAGAGGUCUUUAAAUCUAAAAACUGUCUUCAGGAACUCAUUCAGGAAUAACAUGCUUUAUUUUUCCUUUACUGUAUAUGUACAGUAUAUCCAUCAUUUGUGUUGCAGAAUUUUAUCUGUUGAAUGAAUAUCAUAUGAAGUAACAUUACACAGCUGAUUACAUUUACUUUAUCAUUUUAUUAUUUUAUUGUUCCUUUUGUUUAAUAUUUUUUUUAUUUAAUGUAGACAAUCAUGCUAAGUUUUGCUGUUUAUUUAAACAGGCCAUAACACUGUAGGUUGAGCUGAAUAACAGCUAUUAACAGCUACUAUUUUAAAGUUUUGUUAUGCUAUACGUACUCUUUUUGUAUGUGUUUUAUGAUAAAGGAGAAAUACAUAAAUACUCAUUACAGAAUGUAAAACUUCUUAUGCAAAUUUGUACAGAAACUGUUAGAAAUGUUUUUAUAGAUUAGAUUUAAUUUGUUCUUUUCCUUCUGUUCUAGUUUGUUAAGGGUUUAAUGGAACGGCUUUGACUGACAUUUCAAUGCACAAAUCAGAGUGUUGACUGAAAAGCUGUAACCCCGCCCCUUUGUCUGAGUUUAUUCACAGUACUGUUGUGUGAAAUUCACCAUAGAAAGACUGACGAAACUGUAAAUGAAACUGUUCAUGUCUAUAAAGUCAGGACAGUACUCAUUCAGGUGUAUUUGGCAGCUGAGAUCUCUUUGUGUUGAAAACGCAUUUCCUCCCAUCCCAGAGGAAAAAAGUGUCUCUUAUUGUCUCAUUCCUAAAUAAUUAUUCCUGCUUAUGAGUUUAUAUGUUUAUGUUUGAGACUGACAUGUCUAAUUGGUUCCCUUCCUUGAGUAGUAGAUCUUUUUUAUCUUUAUAUUUAGCUUGUAUUUAUUUUAUAUAUUUUGCAGUGCAGUAUUUUCAUUGCCCUUUUUGAGUGCAUAGCUACUGUAUGAGGAUUUAUUACAAAAUAAACUCACUCUGAACCUUCA